AUGGAGCCGAAAAAUCCGGCACCAGCAUCCUCCGAAGAAAUAGUCCGAACUGGUCCCAAAUUAUCUUUUAUGGCUGCGAGCGAGAGAAGAACUAUGAAGAAAAAAUCAACGAAAUAUCUAAUCAGAUCGCCAAUGAACUCCGUGGACGAUCAGGGCCAGCAUCUCGGACGAGAUGGCAUCUCAGAUAGUGUAGCAACGGAGAUCAAAGGGGCUGCAAAAGUCAAAAUUCGUUUUCCUCUGAGCAAUUUCACGAGCAGCUACAGUUUGGACAACAAUGGCAGGAGUAGAACUGAUGUGGUGAUUGGUAAGGAAGCUAUGGACGUGUGUAUGCAUGACCGAACUUCAUUUGCUGCAAUUAUAGAGAUGGAGGAUGAAUUAGCUCAGUACAGGAAAUCGAGUGAUGCGCCUCAGUUGGAGGAGUUCAUACCGAAAAAAAAAAAUCUGUAA